AUGCCUCCACGAUUGGUCUUCUUUCUAGCAUAUCAACUGCUGGCGUAUUCAUCCCUUCUUAAUUUUGGAUUAUCUUCACCUAUUCAGAAUGUUGAGGUGGUUCCACUUGCAAAUAAUGGAGAAACAACUUCUGCAAUCGUGCUACCAACCGGGGCUUUAAAUAACAAAAACAAAUCUACGCUUGGAACCGGAACGGAUGGGAAACCAGUCAGCUUGAUAGAAAAGGGUGAAAAAAACUCUGAUAACAAAGCUCUAUCACUGGAUUCUUCUACCUCUACAUCCAGGCUAGUUAACGCCGAAAAAGUAACUUCAACAAGUCUAACGCAGCAAACAAACGUGAAUGGCACUCAAGAUCAGAUCGCAAAAUUACUAGAGCGACCGUCGAACGGAAAGUCGUUCUUUGCUGAUCAAACAACCACCACACCAACUCCCAAACCAGAAGGAAACCAAGAAGAGAAGAAGAAAACCAACCCAGCAGGCUUGGUUGGCGAGCUAAAACCCCCUGUAGAAAAUACUGGACAAUUCCCUGCCGUCAAAUUACUAUCUGAAAAGCCAUUAGUUACCUCUCCCUCAGCAGAUCAGGAAACAAUAACUGCCGAAGGAAAAGCCUCGGUCGAACCGAAAGCUGAAUUACUGGCACCAAAAUUAUCAUCUCCCCCAGUUGAUCUGAAGCCGGUCGAGCUAAAGCCCCCAAAAGAAUCCAAACAGAAGCAAGUCGUUCCAGCGAAGAAGGAUGGUGGUGAAGCAAGCAAGAAACCUGAAACUGCGGAGAUUAACAAGGAACAAUUGCGAAAAGAUCCGAAAGGAAGCGCUCCCAAGCCUAAUGAAAUAAACCUAAUAGGAAAAGAUAUCAAGCCGCUAUUAGAAAAACCUACCUCAACCGUAGAUCCCACAGAUGAAAACGCUGAAGGACCCGUACUUCUGUCAUUGGGACGAAUAACAGACGAAGAACCGAAUGAAACAGAAUCUAAAACUGGCCGUGGUGCAAAAAAGGCGGACGCAGAAAAGAAUGCCGGUUCACGGAAUGAUCCACAAGAAGCUAGUAAAAUUCAGAGCGGGGGUGCCCAUGGAAAAAACCCCGAAGAUAAACCACAAAAAUCACUUCCAACAGUCGAUUCUGCCAAGGAUUUGGGGCCAGAACCCGCCCCAAAGGCUCCGCCUCCCACGGCACCUAAGGCUACCACACCUUCCCCUCCUCCACCCGGAAAAAGUGCACCUGGACCAGAGUCCCCAGACUCAAAAGAAAAAUUUCCCGAGGCACAACACAUGCGAAUGGCUGGGAAUACAGCCAAUACUUUGAGCGUCGUUCAAGGGGGAUCUAACUCGACAGCCGCAAAGGAGUCAGAAGGUCCCCCAGAAGAGAAAAGCCAAAGCAAAUUGUUGAUUUACAUUGGUGCUGGUGUGGUCGGAUUUCUCGUCUUACUUGUCAGCUUCAUACUUUUUGCAAAGAAGAAGCAAAAGAAAGAGAAAAAAAUCCCCGGGGGAGUUCAGUCUGAAAUCCCUGUUGAAUUUGGAUCCGGUGAAGGGGCAAGCCAGAUCACCACACCAUUAUCACCACCAAUGAGUUUGAAUGGAAAGAGCGAACGCGGUAUUCCUGUGGCGCUUCCAACUCCACGAGGGGAUCAAGACUUGGUGGGAGGAAAGUCUUUCAGCCGACAACUCCGGGGAAGUACUGGCUACGAAAGGAACUACUCUACAGGCUAUGGAAGUGAAUAUGGUCGAGACCAGUAUGCCCAAGAUGCAGGCUCAGCUUAUGAUGAAAGUGAGUUCUAUGAUAAUAGUAGAUAUAGAGGAGGCCGAGACCAGGAGAAUCGGGGGAGAGUGGACUCAUUUCCCAGUCGAAGAUCCUCAGGUCGAGCAUCACCCAGGUCGGAGAAGGGCAGGUUUCCAUAUAACCGAAGGUCAGCACACUUUUCUUUCUCUCCCAUGAAGUGA